AUGCCAGUGAUCAUUUCUGUAACCGUUUUCGGAUGUGUGACGUGUGAACGAGAACUUGAGUGCCACGAUGGAUUUUCCAAAGCGUCGAAUGAAAUGAGGCUUCCGACGGGAUAUCUAUCGAGACCGCUGGCAACAUUGUUCAAGCAACAACCGACCGACAGUCGUAACAACCCUCCAACUGUGCAAGCACAUGCUUCACUGGUGGAUUUCAAACCCGAGGAGACCAUUUUGUUGAUCAUACCACUGAAGAAGAUUCCAGGCCCUGAGAAGAAACCAAGAAGAAUAUUUCCAAUCCCAGUUAAUUUAAAGAAAGUAAACUUGAAGAAAGAAAUAGAUAAGGUUCUUAACUGUUCUUUGAUGACACUGUGGCAUGGAUCAUGCGGUGCUAUUAAGGUGGGUCAUACUGGACAAACAAUUGAACAAGCUGUAGAGAAUGUUGUCAGUGCUGUCAGGGAAAUCACCAAGAUUGUCCCAAAAGGAUGGAAUAACAUUCAAUCCCUGAACCUCAAAACAUCAGAAUAAAUAGCUCCUCCACUUUAUACAUCAUUGCCUAUCACAAAUCUCACCAUAGGAAAUUCACAACCACGUGCUAAAAAACAGAAAAAGGGGGACUCACAACCACUUGCUAAAAAUGGAAAAAGGAAGACCCACAACCGCCUACUGAAGAAUUGAAAAAGGACGACUCACAACCACCUGUUAAAAAAAAUAAAAAAAAAGGAGGACUCACAGCCACCUGCUAAAAAAUGGAAAAAGGAGAAAAAAGCACCACCAUAAUUUUACACUGCACAAUGUACAGAACCCCCCUUUGAGGUUCUACAAAACAAUUUUUUGAAGAAGGAAUAACAAAAUAUUGGUGGUUUGAGAUUGAAGGCAGGAUCAUCGGAGAUUUUAGUGUAAAUUAAAGAUUUUCUGGCCAUAAGCCAAACUGCACAGCUGGAGGAUUGGUAACAUCCACUUAACCAUUUAACUUCCAAGAUCUCAUCACCAAUUGUCCUGUCUUGCAGCUUACACACUUCCUUGAAAAUUAGGUAUGAGAAUUUGGUGUUUCAUCCAGAUAAAAACUCCUACCUGUUCAGUUUGUGUAUUCUCAUUACCUGUUUGCUGGAGUUUGUGUGGAUACAAUAGGAAGAAUUUACAUGUUAAUCACUUCUGAGAGUGAAAGGGUUCGGUCAGACUGCAGGGUGAAAUGUGACUGGUGAAGCUGUGAGAUGAUAUUCACCUGGAUUUCUUCAUUUUCUCGUUCCUUUUUUUUUUUUUUUUUUUUUUUUUUUUAACUUAUCAGCUCAAGAAAAAAUAUUUUUACGACUUAGAUUAUGCAAAUUUCACUUACAUUUUAGUUUUGCCAACAAUCCUUUCACUCCUAGGAGUGAGAAAGAAGUAAUUUUAUCCUUACAAUGUCAUUUCAAUACCAAGCAUUCAAGGUGAUUAAAAUAAAGCGUCAACAAAAGGAUAUUGUUUGAUUUUACUCCAAAUUCUUAAAGCUGGGAUCUCAUGUCUUAUCAAGGAAACCUCACUGGUUUGUUCGUUAUCCAACUAUCAAAAAACUUUGUUAAGUUCUACUCCAUAAUGUCUUCCAUUCCUGUCGUUGAAUUGCUACAAAUACAGUGCAAAGAUGAUUGCCAAA